GCCAACGCACGAAAAAGGAGGGCAGUCAACACCUGGAAAAUUUCCGAAAUUCUUCAAUUGCUCGAGAUCGCUCUUUUGAUCUCUUUCUUUCCAGUUUAUUCUCUUCUUCUCAGGUUUGAAAGAGAGCGGCUGAAGCCGAAGUUUUUUAUUUUGCCUCGGGACCUGGACGAUAAACAAUCAACAAAACAAACCUUAAGAUCUGCCGCCCACAUCACAUCACAUCACAUCAUCAAUGCACAACCCACGGAUGAUUCUGAGACUCCCGUAGGAAAGGAAGGCAAAUUACUUGGAAAGAUGUUUUCCGCCUACCAGCAAAGCAGCGCUGGAGAGCGGUCCAAUCCCACAACCGUACAAGCACAAAGUCUACAGAUUGAAGAGCAGGAUGACACGACUCCAAAGGCAGGAGAUAAGAGAUUGUUCAGCAAUCGCGAAUCCAGACAGAUCGAGGGCAAUAACUACACCCAAUACGAUGAAGAAGAACCGAUCGAGGAGCGUCACUCAGACAAGAGACACCGCAACACAGAUUGGCCUCUCCCAAGCAGUCCCAACAGUCCAGCCUCAGCCAGACCCCCACUCCGAACACGAAAUGCCCCCAAUUCUCCCUCCAACCGCCGCAGAGCAGUCUCGCAACAGCGCCCAUCUAAGUUUGUCGAGGGUAGCAUGAAUGACCGCAUCUCUGCCAUCCCACCAACGCCCUAUCUUGACCCCGAUGACGAGCUACUCUCCGAAUACGAUCCUAUUGAACCCAGCCGCGGCCGCAAACUCGCUCGCCCCAGAAAGUUCACGAAACGCAAUGCUUCUGCUGCAGGAACCGAUCAUUCUGAGACGAGCCGCCACUCGAUAUUCCGAUUCGGGAAAUCGAUCGCGGCGUCGUUUAAUCCGAGUAAUUGGAAGAUCUGGAAUAAGGGCCAGCAACAGCAUGCGGGGGACGAGGAGUCGGCGCAGAUGCGGGUCCUGCGGGAGAGACAAAGUAAGGCUGAGAGGAUCUAUAGGGAGUUGAAGGAAUCUGGACAGUUCCGGGACUCGGCGGUUGUAUUUCCUGGUUCUGCGUCGAGAGAGCAACAGAAGCCUGGUUCUGCCAAGCAUGAUUCUGGAGUCGAGUUUGGGGAUACUGAGGAGGCCAGUAAGAGGAAUACGGGUAUGUCAAUCGAAGAGAAGAGGAAGGGACGUAUUUUCCUGGAGGCGCCGAAGCUUUCGGAAUCUGUCUAUGGGGGAAGUCCUGUUUCGCAUAUGUCGGGUUCGCAGGCUCAUUCGAAUCAUUCGUCGCCGAAUAAGUCUUCGUUUCACUUCAAGAAACCCUCGCUAUCGAAUCUGAAGAAGACGUUUGCUAGCAAUAGCACUACCAACUUAUCAGAGCCUGGACCUCAUCAAGCACGUCGAAUCCCAUCUCGGAAGGACCUUCAGAAGCAACAGAAGCUGGUUAAGAGAGUUAGUGAUUUGGAGGGCAAGUUGAAUGCUGCGAGGAAGCAGUUAUCUGAUGCUUUGGGAGAACCACUUCCGGGUGAGGUAUCGCAGGUUUCGCUCUCUUCGCAAGGAUCUCAUGUACUUGAUGAUACUAUGUCGCCUCCUGUCCCGCCGCUGCAUCAUACGCCUAUGGAGAGGGUUAUUAGAAAGCCAUUUGUACCAGGUGCCCUGGCUUCUCUUCCUUCGGAACGACUUCUAGCUGGCUAUCUCCAAAAUGAUGAAGAGGAUGAGGAAGAAGGCAACGGCAUUGGUAUGGCUGUCACAGUCAAUCAUCGACAACAGAGUGAUGAGAAGCCUAAGUUUGUGCUGAAGAGUGAGCAAUCUCCUGCUUGGCUUGGUAGACAGCUUCAACGCCCAGGAAGCGCUUCUAGCAAUCGUUUAAUGCGAAGUGUGGAAGCCGAGAAGGACGAAGACACCACUCCGACGGUCAAGAAGGCGGCUAGGGUGAAGAAGUCGACCAAAUCGGACGCCGCGACCAAUGUCACCUCUAUCUACGAGCCUAGCACUAUAUUGUUCGAAUCUGGUGAUAGCGAGUACGCUGAUUUCGAGCCAGGAGAAGAGGAACAGGAACCAGAGACUGGAGAAGAGCCUGAAGAAGAACAAGAAAAGACACCCAAGCCACGAACCAAGCGUUCCCCUCCGUCCAAGAAGCGAAAGAGCAAAUUCGAAGGCGAGGCUGAUGACGGUGGCGUCUAUAAGCCCGGAGACACAGAGGAAUCAGACCCUGAAUCCGAAGUCAAGAAAUCCAAAUCUACUCCCCGCAGACAACAAACGAGCAAGACUUCUACCCCCAAGAGUAACCAAAGCCAAGCCCACAAAAUCACCCUCCAAUAUCCCCGCAAACUCCAGAAAGUCUCUCCUACCCAAGCCAAGGACCCAAAUACGGAAGCUCCACCAACCCGUGCCCCUCCACCACCUCCUUUCGAACCCCAUUCCCAAACCUCCAAGAAACACCCAGCCCGUACCUCUUCCCUGAAAUCUACAGUAAAGAGCCCACCGCCUGCCAACCGACUCUCGAAAUCAAGACCCCCGCCUCUCCCUACAACUCGACAGCAAUCCGCGUCCCCACCCCCCUCAUCUGCGUUCACGGGCGUAGGCCCCGAGCUAGAGUACAAGAAACCCUCUCUCCAGCGCCAAGAGCUAGAUCUCGGAAACAGCGCCCAUUCAGCAGAAAAUAGCGGUGUACCGCCUAUGCCGACGAUGCCGAAGAUUGUUCGGUUGGCGAGUGGGGAGGUUAUUGAUAUCAGCCAAUCUCAAACCCAGAUCCUUACUCCUGCUAUUGUCGCACGAGGAAAGGGAAAGGGGAGCACUGUCUCUACGACCUCGAAGGUGUCGACGGGUAGUGCGGGGAGCAAGAGGAGAGAGAGUAAGCGUUUAGAGAAGAAAAGGGAGUCGAUCGUUGCUGCUGCUGCGGAAGGAGAGAAGAAGAGUUUUGAGUGGCCGGAUGAUGUUUUUUGAAUCACUGAAUAAGGCAAUGAGACUGGAAAACGAGAGAUGAGAGAUGACAGAUCAGAAAUUGCACACCAACGAACGAAGUAUAUCAAGCAGUAUGACGAGAUGGAAGAUGAUGGAUGAACAGAAAGGAAGGGAGACAUAAUGCUAUGUAACGAGUAACGACCUUAUGCAUGCUUGGAGCUUUUUCUUUUUCUUUUUGCCUUUUUACCUUUCUGCAUUCUGCAUUCGAUGUUGACUCCUAGAGAGAGAGAGAGAGAGAGGAGAAGAGGCACUUAUUCCGUUGCUUAUUUCUUUUUUGACCUUCUACGAUUGCAUUUGCAUACCCUUGUUCUCCAGCAUUUCAGCGAGCGAGUUCAGCAUUUGCAUUGCAUACCUCAGGUACGCAUGAGAUAAGAUCGAGAGCCUAAAUUGCAUGGCGUAGAUAGAGAAGAGAUUAAUAAAUACAAGAAAG